AUGGUUCGCGAGGAGCUUAUCUCGUCUGCUAUAGUUCUCCAAGAUCCGUCUGUCGCCUCUUCGCCGAUCGAAAAGCGAGUCGCAUUCCUGCAGUCAAAGAACCUAACGAAAGAAGAGAUCGAUGUCGCUCUUUCGCGAGUAGGUGAAGAUCCGGCCGCGGCGGCCGCGGCGACAUCAUCUUCGAGCUAUCAGCCUUCUUCCCAACAAGCAGUCUAUCGACCACCUCCACCUCAACCACCCGCUCCGGGAUAUGGCUACCCAUCGUAUGGUCAAUGGCAGCCCCCGCCAGAACCUCCAAAGCGGGACUGGCGGGAUUGGUUUAUUAUGGCUACUGUUGUGGGUGGUGUCGGAUAUGGGCUGUACACUAUCACGAAGCGAUAUAUCACACCCUUGAUCGCACCCCCUACCCCACCACAGCUGGAACAAGAUAAGCAGGAUAUUGAUGAGCAGUUCUCCCGUGCAUUUACGCUUAUCGAUCAACUCUCCACCGACACAGCCGCCCUGAAGUCUGCAGAAGAAGAGCGAUCCGAGCGACUCGACGCUGCUCUCAGAGAGGUCGAGACUCUUGUCUCCGAUAUGAAGAACGCAUCCCGUCGGAGAGACGACGAGACCCGCCGCAUUAGCGACGAAGUUAAAUCGUUGAAAGACGCCAUCCCUAAGGCUAUGGAGAGUGCUCGGGAAGGCAACGAGAAUCGUUUGAAGGAGCUGAGCACCGAAUUGAAGAGCUUGAAAGUUCUUCUGGGAAAUCGACUUGGUGGCGGUGGUAGCGGCGCCAGCUCGUCCAUCGCUGGACGGGCUGUGGGCGGCAUCCCUCUUCCGACUGCUUCACGGCCAGCCGAGGAGUCGGCCUCUGCCUCUAACGCAACAAAUGGAUCGACUGCGGGAUCGAUUGAACAGCCGUCGCAAUCCGCUCAGCCGAGCCCGAGUGCCAGUACUGCAUCCCUGGGCAACAACCCUCUUUCGCAAUUCGGUCGGUCUGCCUCUAUUCCCGCUUGGCAGAUGGCGGCUGCCAACCGAUCCAAAACAGCCUCCCCGGCGCCAUCGAACGCCGCCGACAACUCCGCCGCCACUACCACGGCCAACCGACAUCGAAGCAGACGUCACCACCAUCAUCGCCAUCGUCACGAUGACCAACACGACGACCACCACCGUCGCCAUACAGACACCCACCGCGACCGACUUAACCAAGACGAAGACCGAGACCGAGACCGUCAUCGCCGGCACCGUCACCACCAUCAUUCCUCCUCCCACCGCACCCCAGACACAGCGCAAGCAACCCGAGCGCCCCGAGUCCUCCCCUAUGGAUCGCGCGAACUCACCAAACACGACCUAACCACCUUCACCCCGCUCUUCGCCAUGUACCUCGACAUCCAGAAAGGUCUUUACCUCGAGGACCUCCCGGAAGACGAAGUCAAGGGUCGCUGGAAGAGUUUCAUCCGCAAAUGGAACCACGGCGAACUAGCAGAGGGAUGGUACGAUCCCGCAAUGCUGGAGCGAGCGCGGUCAAAUCUCGACAACGCUCCUCCUCCUCCUCCUCCUCCUGCAGGCAAAGAGCCACAAUCCUCCACCUCCACCGCCCACAACCAACAGACUGAGCGACAUCAUUCCGAACGAGAUCGCCAGAACACCGACGACUCCGACGACAACGAAGACAAUGAAGAAGACGAUUACGGCCCCACCCUCCCCCAACCCGACAAAUCACUGUCCGGGCCCACGAUCCCCACGAUACAGGACCUGGAACUGAGGAAAGAACAAGCCCGCGAAGACGCCCUCACCGCGCGCCAGGACUCGCAAUCCCACUAUCGAAGCGAGGUGCGCUCGCACCGCGCGGAGCUGCGGCAUAUGCAGGAGGAGGUGGCGCCGCGGGCGGAGCCGGGGACGCACGAGCGGCGCAUGGAGAAGCGGCAGGAGGCGGCGCAGGCGAACCGGGCGUUCGCGGAGGCGCGCCGCGGCGGGUCGCCGGGGGCCGCGGCGGUGCCGGAUGAGGACCUGAUGGGGUCCGGGGAGAACGAGCUGGAGGCGAUCAAGAAGUCGCGGGAGCGCGAGCAGCGCAAGAAGAAUGAGCGGGAGCUGCGGCGCGAGGAGAUCAUGCGCGCCCGCGCGGCCGAGAGGGAGGAGCGGCUGCAGAAGUAUCGCGCGAAAGAGGAGGAGACGAUCGGGUGGUUGAAGACGUUGGCGAAGCAGCGGUUUGGGUGAUGAUUUCUUUUCUCCCCCCGCAUACGCGCCUUGGAUGGGAUCCAAAGGAACUGUGAAUGAAGCUCCCUCACGGUUCGAUUCGGAGAUCCACAUACAGAUUCGCUAGAAAUGACAAGAACACUAUACUGAUACAUCCGAUUGUGCUAUCUAGAGUAUAUGUAUGUAUGUACUGGC